GUGAAACUGUGCAAGGAUUUUCCUUUCAUGCAGUUAGGGUGGAUUUCAAAGACGUAUUUAGUGCAUUAGUUUCCUUCAUGCUCAGCUUACGUCGGGAUGAAGCCGCGCCCAAGUGACGUGUCGGCGAUGUACAAGUAAUAAUUAACCCAGUUAAAAACUGUUGAGUGACGGGUUUCACUUUCAUUGUUUGUUCACAAUAAUACUGUUUGCCAUUUCAUGAUAGUAUUUCUUCACACAUAGCGGCACACACAAUUGUUACCCCUAAGCCAAGCGUGUAAAGCAUACGGAGAUAUGUUCGGAACAUUGUUGUUGGAGUAAAGAGUAUAGGCACCAAUUCUUGUAAAUGAAGACAAUGGAUGAAUGCGGCACAGACUAAACUUGAACUGGAUGUGGAUCAUUGACUCUGACGGACAAUAAACAUGACUUCACAGUACAAUACGACCUUGCAUUAACUUGGAUUUGCAUAAAGGUGAGAAUUUAGUGACGUAUUUUCUGCCAUUUACAUGAAAAUACCACAGGAUGUACCACCAGCUACAAUCGUUUAUAAGUAGUCGCACCUGAAACCAUACAGUCGGUACCUCACUGAUGAACUCAUCACAACACUGGUUGAAUACGUUGACACUACUCUCCAUACGUUCUCUCAGCAAUGAGUAGCCUUGUUGAAAGCACCUUAGCUACCAUUGCAACCUCCUCCAGCAAUGCACAAGCUUUUCUGAUAUUUCUCUUGGUUGUCCUGGCAGUGCGACAUUGGUGUCAUAACCCGUACACUAUUCCUCCUGGUCCCGCUGGCUGGCCGGUAGUUGGCUACGCACUCCAACUCAAAGAUUCACCUCUGCACCUCGCCUUCACCUCUCUAGCCAAGCAAUACGGGAAGCUGUUCACUCUGUAUCUCGGUAGAUCUCUUAUCUUGGUUCUUAAUGAUGCGGUUUCUAUACAAGAGGCGCUUGUCAAACAGGCAGAUGCAUUCUCAGAGAGGAAAGUACCUGAGACAGUGAGACUGACGUUCCCGUCAAAAGGGAGCAUACUGUACGACACUGGUGAUAACUGGCGUGCCGUACGGCGGUUCACUGUGGGUGCCAUGAGAACUUUCGGAGUAGGGAAGAUGAGCAUCUCGCUCCGUAUCAAUGAGGAAGUUCGGAUUCUUUGUGAUUGCUUUGAGCAGUACAAGGAAACGCCCUUCAAUCCACGCAUGCCGCUGUCUAGUGCAGUAUCCAACGUGAUCUGCCAGAUGUCAUUCGGUCAUCGAUUCGAUUAUGACAACAAGAACUUCGUCAUGCUUCAAGAGAACCUGAGAAAGAGGAUGAUGAUCGGACGCACAAGCCUCGUCAAUUACUUCCCUCUAUUGUUUUAUACUCCUUUGUAUAAAGAACUCAGAGAACUGGAUGCUGCACGCAGAAAACACAUGCAGGCUAUUGUUAAAGAGCAUCAGUCUACGUUUGACCCUGAAAAUAUCAGGGAUAUGAUUGACCUGUUCUUCAAGGAAGUUCGUGAGAGUUCAAAGUGUCCAUUUAUUGAGGAGAAUGUCGAAAGGUUGCUCCAUGAUCUGUUUGGUGCAGGCACUGAUACGUCAGCUAACAUGUUGGCAUGGUUACUGCUCAUCAUGACACAGUACCCAGAUGUUCAGCUAAAGAUCCAAGAGGAGUUGGAACACGUGAUCGGUUGCGGACGUCAACCAACAUGGUGUGAUCGCUGUGACCUACCGUAUUGCCAUGCCGUCAUGUUAGAGGUGUUCCGAUUCAGACCAGCAGGACCACUAGCCGUGCCUCAUCUCGCCACAUAUAAUACUAAGUUAAUGGGUUAUGAUAUUCCUAAGGGAACCACGGUACUCGUUAACAUCUAUGCGGCCCAUUUCGAUCCGGAUUACUGGGAUAACCCAGAGCUGUUCCGACCGGAGCGGUUUUUGUCGAAAGACGGGAAGGAGGUUGUGAAGCCGACGCACGGAUCAUAUCUCCCGUUUGGAAUAGGCCCCAGAUCGUGUCCUGGAGAACAGCUAGCUCGCAUGGAAUUGUUCCUGUUCAUGACAAACCUAAUGCAGAGGUUUACUUUCCAACAACCAGAUAACGACCCGAAACCGGACAUGGAAGGCGUUUUCAGCGUGACCCUCUCACCUAAACCAUUCCGUGUCUGUGCGAUUCCCAGGCACGCACAUACAGCUUCCAAAACGACCUAGCCCUGUGGUCUUUCACUUUCGUAUUGUUUUAUAUUAUGUGUACAGCGCAGAGGAUAAUAAGUGUGGCCUUAGCCCUUUAAGGAUUUCACUCAAACCCACGCAUUAUGCAGAUUUCACCUGGUGAUCAACGUUAUUGACUUGAGUGCACUGCCUUUACUCAGACAAAAAAGGGUAUUUUCCCCACAUUAUGACGGGGAAAAUAGACUCACAGAAUGUUUUGCAGACUGUUCACCGGGAUCGGUACCAAUUUGGUCAUUGGUUUUUGUUUUCUUGGCUUGGAUUGAGCAGUUCUACAUCAAUGAAUCCACAUUUACUAAAAUAAAUUCACAUACGCAUCAGUUUGUGUAGCAACUGGUUAUAAAUACAUCAAACAUAUAGUUUUUUACUCUUUUGAAUUAGGUAGGUAAUUAAUCGGUGAACAAUGAGAAAUUUGUGUGAUGGUUCGAUAGUUCUGUUUGCUUGCUCUGGUAUCCAAAAAAGGGUAUGAUUAAUAUAAAAGUAAACAAACGUUAACAAUGGAAAUUAAACAAUAGUUUGACCAUAAGUCA